UACACACAUUGUUCCUUCAGCCACAAACCGAGAUGGAUAUUGUUUGAAUGGACUUUCUGAUCAGUAAGCAGAUUAGUGUACAAAUUAGUCAAAAGGAAGUUUGUAUUAUAUUUUAUUGUAUUAUUUGAUUUAAGGCUGGAAUCAGGUGGGAUUUCUGUAUCUUAUAAAGAUGUGUUUAAGAGCAGUUCUGGCUCUUGCCAUUCUCACCACUGGCAUCAAUACAUUUCAUGCGGACUGGACAGAACCGGGAUCUGGACUUCAGGAGUCAGACGAAAUGGAGGAGCGCUUCAAUCCUUUUACCCGAAAGGUGGACGUACUGAGGCUUGUGUCAAGUCUCAUACCACAGAGUAACAAUGUGUCCCUGUUAAAGGAUAGUGAGGGAUGCCCGGUUCUGAACAUCGGCCUCUACUCGACCCUGACUCUCCCAACGAGACAAGCUUUUGGUCAGAGUUUUACAGAUGAGUUCAGUAUCCUCCUUCAGCUGCGCAGCUCUCAGGAUGUUGACCGCAGCAUCCUCACCAUUCUGGAUUUCUACAACGAGGUGACGCUUCAGAUUCGCCUCAAACCCUCAGGUUUCACCUUCAUCACCGCCCUUCAGCAGGACUACGAGUUUUUAGUGGCAGGCCUGUCUGACUCGCAGUGGCACCGGGUCUCAGUAGGAGCCUCGUUGGGGUAUCUGGAGAUCUAUGUGAACUGUGCGCUGGUGGAGAAAGUUAGAUGGACCUUUCCAUACUUGGGCGUCCCUACAGAUGGUCUGCUGAUGGUCGGGGGAAUCCUGCAGGGCUUCGAGACACCUUUUGAGGGUGAAAUCAGGCAGAUGAUGGUUAUAAUGGGUGACGGCAGAGCAGCUAAAAAUCAUUGCAGACGCCAUCAGCCGGUGUGUGGAGCCUCGGUGGACUCAUGGUUUUCCAAAACAUCUCACAAAACACAGACGCCAUCACUGUCCUCAACCAGCCUGACGGACGACCCAAUAAUCUCUGCAGAGUCCUUUAGUGGCAGGAUGGAUCCUUUCAUUACGACCAUAAUUCAAAAUCCCAGGCCUCAAACGGAGGAAGCAGACAUGCUGGAUCCUCUUAACUUCAUUCCCUUUGAAGAGAUGGACCCUCCAUCCCAGAUGGGCAACUUCCAGCCGACUGAUGGUUUUCGAGUGCUGGAUGAAUCCAAGAGGCAGAAAUCCCCUCAGGUCACAUCAUACACCAGGAAUAACGGCAACACUGAGAACCAAGCCCAGUCUACCACUGUGAAAACCCCAAAGGACGAUCGUCUUUCACACAAACAACCAACAGAUCAGGAUAUCAUCGACCUGGAUUCCUCAACUGGUAGCAGGCAUGUAAAUAAGAACCAUGUGCAAGAACAGUUUCUUGACCUAAACCUGACAGAAGAGGACCUGUUGCCUUCAGGGACAUACAUCACUUCUGGAUCUGUCACUCAGGGCAAAGGGUCCAAUGACUUCCUAAGCCGGAAAGGCCAGGAAAAACCUGAGACCCAUCAAGAUAGAUCGACACACCAAAGCAGGACAAGGAGUUCAGCUAAACAUGGGGAUGUGAUCACAGGAUUUGAUGGCAAGAAGUAUCGAAUGUUGCGAGGACCUCCGGGACCUGCUGGGCAUCCGGGGAAAAGAGGUUGUGCCGGGACCAGAGGAUAUGUUGGAUAUAAGGGAGACAAGGGAUCUCCAGGAGAAAGAGGGCGAGAUGGUCCGAGGGGUAACCCAGGUCCUCCAGGACCGGCAGGAUUGCCCUCGCUCUACCUAUGGCGCAACACUCCGGAGGAAUGGGCCUCAUUCGAGAGAACGUCGUAUUACCAUUUCCUGAUUUCAGCAUGGCCCAGAGAGACGGGGCCUCCUGGGCCAGUGGGGGAAAUGGGAAGGCCAGGACCACCUGGGAUACCAGGAGAUCCAGGAGAGAGGGGACCUCCAGGUCGUCAUGGUGACAUGGGCGACUUGGGGCCGAAGGGUGUGCGUGGCCGGGCAGGGACUUCAGGACGGGUUGGAGAGAACGGGCUGCGUGGAGAACCAGGUCCUCAAGGAACACCUGGCCUGCAGGGGCUUCGAGGGUAUAAAGGAGAAUCUGCGCCCCCUGGAGACAAAGGAGAGCAGGGAUUUCCAGGAAUUCCAGGGCCCAGGGGGGACAGAGGCAGGAUUGGAGUAAAGGGAUCUAAAGGAGAAGUUGGGUUGACAGGCCCUGUUGGUCCUAUGGGUCCUAUGGGUAUCAGAGGAGUUGAGGGGCUUCCUGGACUGCCUGGGCCAGAGGGGGAUCCUGGACAUGAUGGGAAACAUGGACCUCCAGGCGCAGUGGGAGCACCGGGGGCUACAGGCAUGGUUGGGGCGCAGGGAGUUAAUGGCUCUGAUGGAGAUUUCGGACCUGCAGGCCCAGUGGGUCGAAAAGGCCCUCAGGGUCCUGUUGGUACUGAAGGAAUUAGAGGCCUCCCUGGUCUUCCAGGUCCACAGGGAUCACCAGGGAAUGAUGGACCCCGCGGGCUUAAAGGUGACAUUGGACAAGAAGGUCCAGUGGGAAACAGAGGGCUACAUGGACUUGAAGGGCCAAUGGGCACAAUUGGAGAUCCGGGUCCGAAAGGCUUUCUAGGCAACACAGGCAGCAGGGGUCCGAAUGGAGAGAGAGGUGAUCCUGGACCAAAAGGAGAAAGAGGUGCACCUGGAGCGCCAGGCAUUAUGGGUCCUCAGGGAGAGAGAGGCCAGACUGGCCUUAUUGGCUUACCUGGGGUUAAAGGUCAACGAGGGUCUCCAGGAAUCCAGGGUGAAGAUGGUGAAGUGGGUGUCCAGGGAAUGAUUGGAAAAGAAGGCCCAAAGGGGAGUAGGGGAGAAUCUGGACACAGUGGAAAUACAGGAGCCAAAGGACAACGGGGACGAGCAGGUCAACAUGGGCCACCUGGUGGGUCUGGACUUCCGGGUCUCAAAGGCCCACCAGGGACUGAGGGAGCAGAUGGAAAGCCUGGUACACAGGGUGUUCCUGGUUCAGUUGGAAGCCCAGGAGAUAAAGGGUCUAUCGGUUUCCAUGGAGUAGCAGGAGAACCUGGGAAAAAUGGACCCCCUGGUUCACCGGGCUCACCUGGACGUCCUGGUCAGGAUGGCAGCCCCGGAGCCCGAGGAGAGAGGGGUUUCUCAGGACAGCCAGGAGCUGAUGGUUCCCAGGGGCCUGUGGGAAUGUAUGGCUAUGCAGGAGAAAGAGGCCUACAUGGGAGGCCGGGCCAUAUGGGAGAACGGGGUGAGCCUGGUGUAAGAGGAACCGUUGGGAAACCUGGACAGAGAGGACCACCUGGUCCUCCUGGUAUACCUGGAGAGAGGGGCCCACCUGGACCUCAGGGCCGCCAAGGUGAGAUAGGACCAACUGGUAUAGAAGGACCACUGGGUUCAGCAGGCCCCCCAGGUUCUGUGGGCGCACCAGGGAAGCCUGGUCCUACUGGAAGUAUGGGACCUCAAGGACCAAGUGGAAAAAUAGGGCCUGUUGGAUUGCCAGGAGCUCCGGGAGCUGCUGGAAGAGCCGGACUGUCAGGAGAAAAAGGACAACGGGGAACUCCGGGAGCUUCAGGUGAUCCUGGACCUACUGGCCUGCCUGGACAUCAGGGAUUUCCCGGUCCUCGGGGGUUAGAAGGGACAUCAGGGAGAAAGGGGGAACAUGGUGCACCGGGGCCUGUUGGGAAGCCUGGACCACUUGGAGUUCCUGGAGAGGAGGGGCAACAAGGCUCCCAAGGGAUGCAAGGAGAGAGAGGUCCAAGUGGCAGAGAGGGUGCUGCAGGACCGAUGGGCAGCAUUGGAAAUCCAGGCCCAAAAGGGCAAAAGGGUGACCAUGGGCUGCGGGGGGUCCAAGGGGACGCCGGGCCUCCAGGAUUCUUUGGGGUCCAAGGAGAAAGAGGGCGAAAGGGUGAAAAGGGCUACAUCGGUUUUCUUGGUCAGAGUGGGCUGAUGGGGAAAACUGGACCAGCGGGGCUGUUGGGAUUAGAGGGUCUGACAGGUUUCAGAGGGUCACCAGGUCAAGAUGGACCUCCAGGGACAAAGGGUGAUGCUGGUGUUAUUGGGGUGACGGGAACUCAGGGAGAACCUGGAAAGCAGGGGGGAACAGGACAACGAGGAUCGAAAGGAGAGAUGGGGAAACCUGGAGCACAGGGAGCUCCUGGUCCCAGAGGCCCUGAAGGCUUGACAGGACCUAAAGGAUUACCAGGAAUUGAAGGUUCGAAAGGUGACCCAGGCAGGCCAGGAACUCCAGGAGAGCCGGGGGCAGACGGCUUUGAUGGUAUCAAAGGGCCUCCAGGACUUCCAGGCUUAGAGGGACUUCAAGGGAAGAUGGGAUCUCGGGGGUCUGUUGGGCCUCCAGGACCUCAGGGUCCAAAGGGAAGACCUGGUGUUGAUGGAAGGAAUGGACAGAAAGGUCAGAAGGGGAAGGAUGGUCGAGAUGGACAGCCUGGAGGUACUGGGAAUCCUGGGAGGCCGGGAAAAAGAGGGAAGGCUGGACAGAAGGGGCCGAGAGGAAUCAGAGGACAGAAGGGACACCGGGGGUCUGUGGGUUGGUCUGGACCAGCAGGAGGGCCAGGACCAUACGGUUUACGUGGUGUAAAGGGAGAAAAAGGAAAAAUGGGUGAACAAGGACCACAGGGAGAAAAGGGCGAAAUGGGACCAUAUGGACCAGCAGGGGGCGAUGGAGCUAAGGGGCAGCGAGGGAUUGUUGGAGAAAUGGGCAAAGACGGCCCAAAAGGAGAGCAGGGUGAUAUCGGACCCCCAGGGCGAAGAGGAGAGCCAGGACUACCGGGCAUGCCUGGCCUGUUUGGACAAAAGGGAUUAAAAGGGUUUCCUGGCCUCUCUGGACGUGCCGGAGUAACAGGGUUGCCUGGGCCACCCGGUCCUCCGGGACCCCCAGGAUUAUCUCUCAACCUCACAAUGGCUCAGCUGAAGGACCUCAUGUAUCAGUCAGACGGACCCAACUACCCUCUGAUCAGAAGUCUACUGAACUCCUUACAGCAAGAUUUAAGGCUUUUUAUAGAUCCACCUGAUGGCACUAGAGAGCAUCCGGCGACCACCUGCUUGGAGUUAAUGAUAUGUCAUCCAAAUUACACCGACGGAAUCUAUUAUAUCGAUCCAAAUCAAGGCAGUCCUGCUGAUGCUUUUUCAGUCUACUGCAGAUUCAGUUCAGGAGGUCAGACUUGUCUUUCUCCACUCCGAUCACAGGUUCCAGUGAAAGCCUGGCUAAAAGACUCACAGGAGGAUUCUUUCACUUGGCUGAGCAGGAUAGAGCCAGGCUUUCAGUUUGAGUAUAAAGAAAGCAGCGUGGUACAGAUGAGGUUCCUGCGGCUAAACAGCAAGCAGGUCACACAGAAUAUUACUUUCUCCUGUGGGCAAGCGAGCAGGCAGGGUUCAAGCCAGCGAGAAAUCAAAUUUCUCGCCGAUUCGCAGACACAGAGUUUCUUGGGGACGUUACAAGAUUGCACGCCAGUGGAGGAGCCGGAUGCGAGAUCUCAAGCAUCCGUGUUCCAGUUUGAAACCGAAGACCUGGAGCUGUUGCCGAUCAGAGACCUGGCGUUGUUCGGCCACAGUGACCUUGCAGAAGACUUUGGAUUUAGUAUAGGACCUGUGUGUUUCAGCUAGAACCCUCGAGAAGAGAAAGAGAGAGAGAGAGAGACAUACACAUACAUACAGUACACAUACACACAUUCUCUACAGACUGCUGACUGCUGAGCUGGUGUUAAUUGGUCCCUCGUUAAACACAGCCACAUUUGCAGACAAGAGUAGAGAUGCAAUUCUUCAAGCUCCAGCCAUAAUGGACGAUGUUGUUGUCUCGAAAAAACAAAACAAAAAAAACCAUCAGAACCGGCGGACAUCUUGCAUUUUCUUUUACCUUCUAGUCUACAAGGUUGCCAAGUGGCAAUGAUACUUUGCUGCACACGUUGUUGAAAUGAACUCUUGUUGUUUUUGAUGUUGUAUGGUGUUUACAAUGCUCUUUGUUUUAAAUCAGUGCUUUUUUUAAUUUAUGUUCUAGUUUGUCACCAUCCAGGUUUCUUGAUACUGUACCGUACAAUCACCUGGUUUGCUCGGAGAUGCACUCUCAUUUCAGGUUGACAGAACUUACGACCAAACGCACUGUGAUCGUAGCUGAAGUUUCAGAUGUAGGAUGGACGCUCGGCCUCCACAUGAAUUAAAUAUAUAUGACACAAAUUCUGUUGAAUUGCAUUAUGAAUAAAGGGCGAGGUUCAUGGAUAUUAAAUAUUGCAGAAGUGAACAUAUUCACAGCAAUUAUAUCAUGUCAUGUCCGAUCAUGUCUGAUAAAAUUCAUUUCAGUGCUGCUGUCUCGUGCUUUUUGUUUUGUUCAGGUCAUUUCAUUUCUUUCUUUUUUUUUUUUUUAGAUAUGUACAAAGAUGUUUGAGGUUCAUAAUGUUCAAGAUAUGUUAAUUUAUAUGCUGGUCAUUGAAUUAAUGACAUUAUGACAAGAU